CUCACGGACCAUACAGUUUCCCCUGUCGCACUUCUCACCGACACCGCUGAUACUUACAGUGACACUAUACAAGAGACGAGGCACCUGCUGUGCAGUCCAGGAGUCCCGCCAAGAUGUUCCUGACACGAAGCGAGUAUGACCGUGGUGUUAACACUUUCAGUCCAGAGGGACGUUUGUUUCAAGUAGAGUACGCAUUGGAGGCUAUCAAGCUUGGCUCGACGGCUAUCGGCAUUUGCACCAAGGAGGGCGUGGUGCUUGCGGUGGAGAAGCGCAUUACAUCGCCUCUUCUGGAGCCCAGCAGCAUUGAGAAGAUUAUGGAGAUCGAUGAGCACAUGGCGUGCGCUAUGAGCGGCCUGACCGCUGACGCGAAGACGUUGAUAGACCACGCGCGUGCGGAUACGCAGCAACACCGCUUCUCAUACAACGAGCCCAUGCCGAUUGAGUCGACCACCCAGUCUCUGUGCGACCUGGCGCUACGAUUCGGCGAGGACUCGGACGAGGGCGGCGGCAUGAGCCGGCCCUUUGGCGUGGCGCUGCUGAUUGCCGGCUGGGACGACCAGGGUCCCGCUCUCUACCACACCGACCCCAGCGGCACGUACGUCAAGUACAGCGCCAAGGCCAUCGGCAGCGGCAGCGAGGGUGCGCAGAGCAGCCUGCAGGAGGCAUUCAAGGACAAGCCCGACAUGAGCCUGGCGGAGGCGGAGGUGCUGGCGCUGUCCACGCUCAAGCAAGUCAUGGAGGAGAAGGUGACGGCCACCAACGUGGACAUUGCGCGCGUGGCGCCCAAGUACCACCUAUACACUGAGGCGGAGGUGCAGGCGCUCAUUGGCCGCCUGUAGAUAGGCAAUGCGGCAUUCGGCGCAGCGGCAGCAUUGGCAGUGGUAGCCAGUAGAGGUGUGCAGCUGUGCCGUGCGGAUCUGGGGUAGCUUAGGGCGCUUGGGGUGUGUUGGUGCAAGGGCGGAGCAGGAUGAGGAGGAGGGGUCAUGGGACCGCAGGCGCGGCGCCCAAGCUGGUGGUGAAGGAACAGGGUACUGAGUCGGCGUUCGUUGCCGGGGGCGAAGGCACAGCAAGUCACGUCGACACGCAUGAUGAAGCUGCAGAGGUGGUGCCUUCGGAGGGAUGUUAGGGGUGGCAAAUGACCUAUGUGUCCAGCAGUAUCAGUACUUGGCUCGUUGGCCGUACACAAUGGUGCUUUCUCCACGCUCAGAUGGCAUGCAGUGGCCCUCAAGACAGCAUGCCCCGGGAUACACGCGGGCUGGGGCCGUAGGUUGGUCAGGCCCUGCUGGUGCACAGGCUUCAACACGGGGAGGCCCGCAACCGCUCGCACGCGUGCACCGUGUCAGCAGCUCACUAGGCUAGAACUUCGUACGCGUAUCCAACAUUAAAAU